AUGCAUCGACUUUUUGCUGAGCUGGAGCCAUCUGUAACUGUCACCGAGCAAAACCUGGCAGACCGAGUUCGGUAUAUCUUGCGCUCAAAUACAUUUGAUGUCACCGACCUCGAACGGCUACGACGUGAGGCUGUUCCUUCAUCGGGUGAAAAUGCUGCGGCUGAGGAUGCAGCGCCACAACUUGCUGAGCAAACGGCAAAUGUGGAUGCCACCGUGAAUACGCCAGUUGUGGUUGAUUCAAACGAUGACGGAACAGUCGCCAAGGAACUGGAACUAAAGCAAAUGAGGAGUACAUUGGAGGAGGCGAUUGUGGAAACGCGCAGUUCGCAUCUCGAAAAUCGACCGCGACUUCCCCGCAUAGUCCUAAGCAAGCGGAAUCGGGCUGUCGUGAGGGCUCUGAAGCCAAUGCUGGUGACCUAUUUGGAAGCCAGCCGGGACCUUUGCGAGACGGACUCAAUUCUCUUAGGCGCCGCACUAGCAGUCUGCCGUAUUAUAGGCGCCAAACUUUCCACGGCUGGACGCGCUACUGGACAAAGUAGUGCUAUCCCAGCCUGGAGAAUAAGAAUUGAAGAACUUAUCGCAAGGGCUAGGGCCCUCAUCGGCAGACUGAUAUGCUUCAGGUCAGACAAUACCAGGCCAAGGAUUGUGCGCACCGUCAGGAUGGCGUUUGCUGGGACAAAUAUUAGUUUGUCCCAGCCGGAUAUUACGCAAAAACUGACGGAGCGCAUAGACGACCUGAAGCAAAGAAUCGGUGCUUGGGGGAAAGCGGAUUCGGCGAUAUACCGAGAGGUCGACACGGUUCAACCAGAAUCGUCUCUUCCAGAGUGA